GCGCGUUGCGCCUGUGUGUACGCGAACAGCGGCCUCGACAGCGAACAGGCAGCGCCGCGCAACCAGUGUACUCCUACCGACGUUAGAGGAAGGAACGAAUUUCUAGUGUAUUUCUUUGUGUUCACGUCUUUCUAUAUUCCUAUCGUUCAUCUUACAAUCCUUAUUCGUCGAUUUCUAUCACUCAUUAAUGAAAGUUCGUCAUUGAGGAGAAAUUAUGGAUUGGUCGAAAGAUAUGGGGCUCUCGCUGGUGAACUUAUACAAGAACAAGGAGGUUCUAUGGAACCCGGGGAACUCUGAAUACCAUCAAAAAAAUAGACGACACGAUGCUUGGCAAGAAGUCGCUGAUGAACUCUCCUUGAUUAUUAAAAAACCGGUGUCUUCAUUGGAAUGCAAGAGAAAGAUGGAUACCAUUCUUUCCUCGUUUAGGAGAGAGAGGGUAAAAGUAAGGAAGAUUAGCGAGAUGGCUGAGGGAGAUUCUGACAGACCUUCGGGAUCCACAUGGUUCCUUUAUGAUUCAUUAACUUUUCUUAUCGAAAAAGAUGUUCUCCGUUCCAACAAAUCUUUUGUUAACGUUAAUCGCGACGAACAUUCUCCUCCACCUAUCAAAGUAAACAAACUGCAAUCAGAGAACGAACGAAUAGAAAAGAUGUCUAAAGCAGUGGAAACACCAAGCGAGGACGAGUGUUACAGCUACGGAAUGUUCGUGGCGAAUAAAUUGAAACGCUAUUCAGCUCGUACUCGAAGCGCAGUUCAGCACGCCAUAAGUGAUAUUCUUUUUAACGCUGACAUGGGUUAUUACAAUCAGUCUAGUUCAGUUUCGACGAACACGCAGACUGAACCUAACGUAGUUCAGUGCAUUUGGUUGCAACAGAACGAAAGCACUCAGCAAGAACACGACUUUAAGAACGAAGUAAUCAGUGAUCUGGAGAACGAGAGCGAAAUAUUUAAUUAAAUUCAGCAUCGAAUUGUUAAUAGCGACGAUGAAUUGUACUGUGAUCGUUGCAACGAUAUAAUUUUACUCGUUGCAAGUUUUAAGCUUCGGUUGAUUAUUUCGUUUUGUUUAUCAAAUGGUUGAUUGAAAUUGCGAGCAAGCUUAUUUUAUACAAGAAAAAACGAACGCGUGUAGAAAUGUUGAAAGUGUAAAUAGAAGUUAAUUUAAAAUAGUUAUUGGCUUUUUAUAGGAACUGGUUGGAUAUUGCUAACUAACCUAUUGUACGUGUAAUAUAUUAUACAUAUCAUAUUAUAUUUAUGUCUAUUUAUACACAGGGUGUACCAAAUAAAUUGUUAUAACUUGUUCUCUUAGAAAACAAUACAGAUAUCGAUUUUAGAUUCUUUUGUACAAUUAAAUGGAUCAGAGGAUAAUAUUUUAAUAUAAGAUCUAACGAAAUUGAUAUAUCUAAGAACCAUAUGUGAUAUAUUGAGAAAUUAAAUCUUUACGUAAUUUGUCUACGCAAUUUGAUAACGAAUAUUUAUUUUCAAGUCCGAGAAGUUGAUAGACGUAUCAUGCAUAUUACUUCUUUGUAAUGCAUAAUGUGUAUUAUACCCAUUACACGACAAAAGAAAUACAUUAGUCUCUUUGUUGUUCUCAACA